ACUGGUUUCAUACUCUACAAAAGGGGAUCGGAGCAGUAUUUCGCUUCGAGGAUGACAUCUUAAUAUGGGGUCGCGGCCUGCUCUUGUUUGUCGUUUUGCGGAUGGGAAGGGGUUCUCGGUCAUUGUGCUCACGAUUGAUAGUCCGUAGAAAACCUCAGAACUCGUGUUGGUUGCGCGCGUUGGCAUGGGGCAAAGCAGAAAGGAUUGACUUUCAAUCGGUCGCACACAAGGUGACUUUUAAUCGUUCGCGUUUUGGAUAUUAUUUACAUUUUCUGGAAGAUAGAUUGGUUGCCGCUUUCACCAGCACACGAUGACCUGGAACGCACAUAUUCCUCUAGGCGGUUUUUUUUGUUUCAUAUUACAAGGGUGUUUUCGUUAAAUGUUAGUACUGAAUUAUUGAAGAGGACUACGAGCUGUGACUUCUUAACGACGGGGAACAUAAUCGCAUUUUCAGGGACAAUCUUCGAAUCUUAAGCAUUGCAAAAUGGUAUUGUUUGUGUUUGCGAUAUGUUUUGUUGACGUGAUGUACUUGCAUGUUCUGAAUGGAGAACCUCCAUCAAAAAUUCCAUCGGCUUUAUCAAAAAUCUCUGUACAACAUCAAUAACACAGGUAAACAACUACGCACAGAAUAUGCAGUCUGCGGGUCCGAAUCACACACACCAACACCAGGGAGCGGGAAAGGGGGCCAGCAAGCCGGGUUACUACCACAACUACAAUAAUUGGUACAACAGCAAGGCGAAUUGGUACGGCCACCACCAGCACCAGCACCACCACGGGCCGCACCAGCACGGCCGAAACACCGUAAGUACUAAUGCCAGCAGCGGAGCGGGUACCACCGCCAGUGGCGGGGGCAACAACAAUAGCCAACCGAGCGAACAACAGCAACCCGCCCCCGCACCACCGUCUAAGCCGCAGCAGCCCAAGUCGGUGUACAAGUACGUGCCCGGGGACUGGAUUUGUCCCACCUGCGAAGACUUGCAAUUCCGACGGAAUCAGGCCUGCAGGAUUUGUGGUACGAUGAAUCCCAUGGUGCUCGCGCAGGAGUUGGCCAUUGUGGCGGGGGUAGCGGUGUUUUUUAUCGUCCUUGCUGCUUCUUUUUCACUGCUGCGUUGUUUUUUGUUUCGUAGGACGAGAAGGAGAAUCCAUGAUGGUUGUUUUGUUCGUUUUGAUGCUGAUCGACCUCCAAGUUGCCAGAGACCGCUCGCACGUGGCAGAAAUUUCAAGCUGCAAUUUGGACCUUUCUAUCAAACCACAGAAAUCCCUGGGAUCCUUUCAUGCCUACAACGCGGCGAGUAAGGACACGACAGCUUCCAGUGACAACAUGGUCCCACCGGCACCGCUGCCGCAGAAGGGAAAAGGAAAGCAAGCGGGGAAUGGGAACAUGAUCCGUACUGGUCGAUGAUACUAUACAUAGUUGGAGGCGAUUUGUUGCACCAUCGGAUUUCUUUACGUUUCAUACUGUGUCCUGACGUUGAGAAAGUAUUCUGGAUGUUGUGCGAAAGAUACUGAUACGCUUCCUCUCUUUCUAAUAUAAAAACAGCUGCCGUCCCCGCGCCACCGCAGAUUGCCGGGGUGCCCGCAAUAUGCGAUGCAAAUAUGAGUUCUGGUUCUGGAGAAUUGCAAAAAAAUCUUUUUCUUGCCGUUCGGCAGACGUAGUUCGGAUGUAAAAAUUCGUACACACGAUGUAGUUCGGAUGUAAAAAAUCGUACGAGCAGACGCAUAUUCAACACAAGAGUCAGACUUGGCAAUUUUCCCACUCCAGACUCGAAUAUUUGCAAUCGAUAAUUUCCCCCGCAGGCCCCGUUGUGGGACUACACGGGUAUGCCACCGAUGACCGGAUUCGAGCUAUUGUGAGGAAAAAUCCCCCCUCCCCAUACCAAACCGAGAUACUUCUGAAAAUUUGUGAUGCUGAUUUGAGACCACAAAUCGUCUCUGUAUUGCAAGAAGGCAAAUCCAAAAACCUCGGCGCGUCCUGUAGGCAAAAAUUUAAUGCUGUAGGGCGUACGGAGGAGAUGCCUGCCUUGCUAGGUGCCUACACCAAAACGCCCCUUUUCCGGCAUUGUAUCUACCUGCAGUCCUCUACUGCAAGACAGAGCCGCUUUGUGUACGGAAAUCCCGCAUCACAGAUUUCCAUUUCGAUAUGGGGAGGGGGGAUUUUUCCUCUCAAUACGAGCCGGCGGCAGCAUUCGGCUUCGCGCAUCCCAACAUGUACGCCGUGGCACAGCAGGCGUUUCCGCAGAACUUAGGCAUGUUUCUGCCGCACCAGCCAUUGCCACGUAUGGAUUAUGUUUUUUUCGAUUUGUUCGCUUGCAUUUGUUCUUGCACUUGAAAGUGUGAAAGAAUAAGAAAUGUUGCAAAAAAAAAUGUUUCAAUAUGUUGAGUAUCAGCGUAUUUUUGUUGCCGGACGAGUAUGACAAUAUUUAUACAUCGAAAAUCCAGCGGCAGCAGCGGCUAACCUGUUGUUUCAGGCCUUUCCCCCGGGGUUUGUGGCGCCGCCAGCCGCAGCGGAAGGUCAGGACCCCUUCAGUAGUAUUCCCUUCGUCUUGCCCCAGGACGACAGUUUCCUGCCCCGCCGGGCCACGGUACUAGCUAAGUUUUGAAAUAGUCUUUGUUUUUACUCCAUUGGUCAAAAAGAAAAAUGAAAAGAUGAUCGAAGACGUAUGAAAGAUGUACUUAAACAAAUUUGAAGAACAUGAAGAGCUUAAACCGUAAUAUUUCUACAGGAGGACUCCAUUAACACGACGGCAGCAGGGUCUACUUACACCUACAACUGAGACGAGAAAAAGAGACUUGGAGUACUUUCCCAGCGGCCAAUUUUUCGUGAAGAAACUGCAAACGUAGUCCGUCAGAUCAAUAGAGGAGCACGGAACUCUCGUCGAAAAACCUCAGCGUGCGUUAUCGUCCGCUUGUUUAUUUGUCACGAAAAAGAAAUGAAACUACCGCCACGGAAAAUGCAAAACGGAUGUAAAUAUCAUAGUCAUAGUGGUGAUAAAGAAGAUUCGUUUUUCUUUCAGCACGAAGGAAUCUCAUCCUCUGACACUGUUUUGUAUGCAUGUUGUGCUAGCUGUCAGGUCAAAACCCAAACAUGUACGUAGUAAAAGUCUUCUGAUUCUUGGUCUAGUGUUAGAUUUGCGUUUCUCUUUCCUACGGAAAUGCUAACAUGCGGGAUAAUAAUUUCAUUUGGUACGCCUUCCACACAACUUUUGUGAGGAAGGGUACUCUGUUUCUACAUCAACAAAGUGUACCCUAUUUCGAAGCAUUUUCACAAUGUAACGCGCAAUGACAUGUACCUGUAACUACUAUAAUUCUAAUUUUCUCAACACACGGAGACGGACGUCGUGGUCGUGCCUUAAUAUCUGAUAUAACAUCCUAUCAGUUUUUCCGUGUCAACCAACUGAAAUGACACCGGAUUACAGGCAAAAAGAAUCCUGGAGGGCGGGGGGAGAAUAUUGAUAGACCGAAUGUGAGAAUUGUAGAAUGGAAUAUGACGGGAGUUAGUGGUUAGAGAAUUUUUCUAUAUUACUGUACUUUUAGUAGGGAAAAUUAAUGGUGGAAAGGAAAGCACAGUACCUAGACGUACCAGUAUGUGAGAAUCCUGUUGUGGCUUCUAGCUGAUGUAGCUGGAUCUUCACCUUCGUAAGGAACUACAGGGGAGUUGUAGACAACCGUAGAUUAUAUAUGCGGGGAGCGAAAAAUACUGGCGCAGAACUGGUGCUCAGCUAUGAUAGGUGGCGCCACUUCUUUCUUGGGUGAAAUUCUAUUGAAAAUGAGAGGGCGGUCGUAGAAAUGAAGAUGUUUGGUGCAUUUGUUUCUGUCCAUCGGGUGCAGUAGCAAGUUAUCUGAGACUUCUUUCUCUGUUGAACAAGCAGCUUCUACUUCAGACUAUCUAAGGGCUCCAUGGUCGACUGUGAUGUGACGCGGAAAAAAUAAAUUUAUCUCGGUUGUUUUCUGGGAUGCUUGUGCUUGCGCAGCCCUGCGAACAGCAUACUACC